AUGGUCGUCCUCGCGGCUUCAAUAUGCACCCGUGGCGGCAAGGCCGUCCUGUCCCGCCAGUUCAGAGAGAUUGCUCGUUCACGAAUUGAAGCUCUCUUGGCCUCGCUCCCCAAACUCGCAGACUCGGGCACGCAGCACACCACCGUCGAGCAGGACAAUGUGCGCUUCGUCUACCAACCCCUGGACGAACUUUACAUCGUUCUCAUCACCAACCGGCAAUCGAACAUCCUGCAAGAUAUCGACAGCCUCCACUUGUUCGCACAGGUCACUACAAGCAUCUGCAAGAGUCUGGAUGAGCGCGAGAUCGUGCGGAAUGCCUUCGAGCUGCUGAGCGCCUUUGAUGAGCUGGUGACUCUCGGGUACCGGGAGAAUCUCUCCCUCAGCCAGAUCAAGACAUUCUUGGAAAUGGAAAGUCACGAGGAGCGGAUCCAGGAGAUUAUUGAGAGGAACAAAGAAUUGGAAGCUACCGAAGAAAGGAAGAGGAAAGCCAAGCAACUGGAACUCCAGCGCAAAGAGGCCGCCCGCAGCGGUCAUGGAAUGGCACCCCGGACGCCUUCAUAUCCAGUGUAUACGCCCCCGGCUCGUCCCGCUGUGCCUCAGACGUUUGACACUUAUGAAGCCGAGAAGAACAAGACCUUCGCCAAACCCCUUCCCAGCCGUGGCAAAGGUAUGCAGCUUGGCAAGAAGUCCAAGACAACAGACAUAUACGAAAAGGUUCGCGAGGACCUAGGUCCAGAAGCGGAGGAAUCGACUCCCCUGGUUCCUCAAGCAGCCACCCCUGUCGCACCAGCUUCGGAUGCUCGCCCCUCACUUUCUGCCGACCGAGAAGCAGUCCACAUCACAGUUGCGGAAACCAUCUCAGCCAAGCUCACUCGCGAGGGUGCUCUCAAAUCUUUUGAAGUCAAGGGCGAUCUUCAACUUCGAAUCUCCGACCCAGCCUUUACUAAGAUCAAGCUAGACCUACAAUCUGGUCCAAGCCACGGUGCUCAGUUCCGGACGCAUCCCAAUGUGGACAAGGCCUUGUUCACCAACUCGAAUAUCAUCCAACUCAAGGACACCACCAAGCGCUUCCCAGCGAAUAACGCAAUUGGCGUAUUACGAUGGCGCGUCGCCAGCUCCGGCUCAGACAAUGACAUUCUCCCUAUCACCUUCACCGUGUGGGUAAACAAGGGAUCCGACUCGACCACGGUGACUGUUGAAUAUGAGCUCACGGGCGCAGACAGCCUGCGAGACGUUGCCGUCACUAUCCCAUAUGGAGCCACAGAGCCAAUGGUUUCCAGCUUCGAUGCCGUAUAUGAAGUGUCUGGUGAUAGCUUGGAUUGGAACAUUGGCACAAUCGACUCGGAUACUGGCUCGGGCAGCUUUGAGUUUGAGGUUGUUGACGCCGAUGCCGAUGAGAACGAGUUCUUCCCCAUGUCCGUUCGCUUUUCCAAGACAACGCCUGUUGUCGACGUCGAUGUAUCUAGCGUAUCGUUACUCGAUAUGGACCAAGAUGUUGGCUUCUCCAAGGAUGUGAAGAGUGUCGCGGAGGGUUUCUUGAUCGAGUGA